AUGACCGGUUGUGGAAAGAAAAAGAAGAAAACACGAGGAGAUCACUUCAAACUGAGAUUCCGCAAGAACUUUCAGGCUCUUCUAGAAGAACAGAACCUGAGCUCCAGUGAGGGCCCCAAUUACCUGACGGCCUGUGCGCCCCCCUCCAGUUUCCCCCAGCGUCAUUUCUGCUCUGUUUGCGGGUUCCCUUCUAACUAUUGCUGCGUGUCGUGCGGGGCGCGGUACUGCUGUGUGAAGUGCCUGGGGACGCACCAGGAGACCAGGUGUCUGAAGUGGACAGUGUGAUGGUCUGCAGGGCGGUGUGAUGGUCUGCAGGGCGGUGUGAUGAUUUUUUUAUUGUUAAAUAAACGUUCUGUAUAUACUG